UCCUUCAGGUUGGUGGACGACUCCCGCAUUUUUGGCAAAUUCGAGAAUUUGCCGAGCUAUAGAUUCGAUUAUUUAUCGGGAAAAAGUUUUCAGAGGUUUAUUUUUAAAGUUUUCUAGUCGUGGAAAAAAAUAUCAGCUGAUUCAGUGUCGUUACUUUUGUCUCUUCCGUUGACGGUCCUCCUACCAUUGUGAUUACAGUGCCUUUGAAGAAGAAGCUGUAUUGGAAAUGACAACCCCUUCAGCAACAUCCACCAAAGAGACAACAAACUAUGCAAGAAUCUGUCGUCUUCUGGUGGAUUUUGGUACCUGGGCUCUGAGAAACAAAUUUGACAGCAUUCACCCACCAAGCACCCUUUCUUUAGUUCUGGCUACACCCAAAACUAGAGAUGACCUUCGUUCAUUGUACACUGGCAAGUCUGGCAAGCCAAAGGUAGUAAAUUCUUCGCAGUUGAAAAAAUUGUACCAAACCACAGCUCCAGGAUCAGCUCCUAUACCAACGGUAUCAUCAAGCGAUUUUGACACAACCCUUUUGAGUAUUCUUCUGAGGAACAUUUGUAACUUAAAAACUCCAUCAACGGGCUGGGAUGAUCUUCCCUAUUCAUCAGAUACAAGUCCUGAGGCUGAUAUUGUCAGAAUAAAGUAUUAUAGAAACAACGCGUAUGCUCAUGCAGAAAAAGCUCGAAUUGAUGAUACGACAUUUCUCACCAUCUGGAAUGACAUCCGAGAUGCCAUUGUGAGACUCGGUGGAAAUAAGACUGAUAUUGAUGCCUUGAAGACUGAAUGUAUGGAUCCAGACGCUGAAAAAAGGUACACAGAGCUUGUAAAGAAGAUGAUCAAGGACGAUGAAGAACUGAGGGAAAAAAUUAAAAACCUUGAAGAUAAAUUUGAUGAGAUGGGUCAGGAGUUUCAUGGACUUAAAGAAAGGCUCGAUGAAACCUUCGUUACAGUGUCUGAGAUGAAAAAGAACCAGGAUGAUACAAGUAGAGACAAAGGGACCAUGCUGGAAAGUGAGCUGCCUAAAGUGCCAGGCAAUGUUCACGGCCACACGGAUGAGCUCCAUAGGAUUGUAAAACUCCUCACAGAUGAUAGCAACAAAGACGUGGAAGGAGUCCUAGUCAGCGGAAUACCAGGGGUUGGGAAGUCUACUGUUUCCAUUCAAGCCGGUCAUAUACUCAAAGACGAUUUCGCUAGAAUCGUUAAGUUUUGCUCUUUAAGAGACAUGCAUCCCACCAAAAAUGGGCGUGACACCAAGGAUGAUGAAGGAGAAAGGGUGUUGAGGGAGAUUUUAAGCAAGUGUCAACCAGGRUAUCAACCGGCUCAUGAAUAUCCCAAACAUGUUUUGCUCAACUGGUGUAGGGGGCUUAAGCAAGACCUGGUUCUUGUGCUUGACAAUGCAGAAGAUGCCAUGGAAGUCAGUUUUAACAAUUCGCUCAUUCAAUUGUUAACCGAAAUGAGAACGUGUUCAAAGGGAAAAAUCAAAUUCAUAAUUACCUCAAGACGUACAGACAUUGAGAGCACCGGACAAGUUUUGAAUGUUGAGAAGGUCACAGUAAAUCCUUUGAGUGAGGAGGAUAGCAUUCAAGUCUUAAUUGGAGUUGGUCGUCUGCAAGGGGACUCUGAUGUCUCAGGAGAGGAUUUGAGUAGGGUAGCAAAGCUUUGCGAGUACAUUCCGAUGGCGCUUUGUCUAGCAAGCCCGCUUCUUUCUUCAGAUUCCGAGUACUCUGUUGACGAGUUAGUAGACGAUCUAGAAAAGCACCCUACACGCACACUUGAGUGCGAAGCUAUAAUGGAAAUUGCCUUUGAGAAAUUAAGCGAACCUUUGCGGCAUUCAUUAAUUCGUCUGUCUAUUUUUGGCCGAUCUUUCGAAAAAAAAGCAGCAAGGGCACUACUUGGCGACAAUUGCAUUGAACACUUAAUGAAGUUGAGGAAAAGAUGCUUUAUUCAAAAACAAGGCGAUCGAUACUUCCUUCACUUGCUUCUCAGAAGUUACGCUAGAACGAUAGGAGCAGAGAAAUUUCCGGAUAUUUUGAAUCAUGGCCAACAACCAUUUGAUGAGCACUUUUUGGCUAUGAUUUCGGAAAAUGCAGAAAUGUACAUGCGUAAAGAUAAAUGUAAAGCCUCGUUUGAUCUUUUUAAUGAAGAGAGGCUUAACUAUGAAUCCCUGCUUAGAGAUGUCAGUGACGAGAAGAUACAGAACUGUAAAGCUCUGCAAGAUGCUGUAAGUGGUUGCAGGAAAGUUGCACCUUACGUAGAAUUCUGUGUUCCAGUCAAAUUGAAUAAAGAUUUUCUGAACGGGCUUUUACGUUAUGUUCAAAAGGAAAAUGACACAGUGCACGAAGUGGAAAUUUUGUGCUUCCAGCAUUACGAAGGAAGGAAACAAGGUUGUGCCAAGAUGUAUGCAAAAGGCUUGAUGGACAUAGCUUCUAAGCUAUUCGAAGAAAAUCGGCCAGCUUUCGAAAAAAGCGUCCCGUCAGAGGUGAUUUAUCGCCGCCAUUAUGGCAGAUAUCUAUCACAGGAUUGUGGCCAAAUAGAUGAAGCACAAGAUUAUUUCAGAAAAGCACUAAGUAUUUGCGAAUCGUAUGAAAAAGAAACCUCUGAGGUGAUAUCUGACAAGGGGGCAAUUCUUGCACAAUUGGGACAUAUUGCAAAACACCAAGGAAGGAAGGAUGAGGCACAUAAAUGCUAUUGACAAGCUCUGGAGUUUCACCAAGCCCAUUAUGGAGAUCAUAUUUUGACUGCAUUCACCCAUAAAAUUGUCGCAGAUUAUUACCUGUCCUUUAAGGAUCUACCUUUGGCAGAGGAAAACUACAUGAAAGCAAUUGACAUUAUGAAACGUUUGGGUGUAGCAGAGCACAAAGAGGCAAUACCCACGUACAAUAAAAUGGGAAUCUGCUUCGAGAGGAGAGAAAUGUUUAAAGAAUCUCGGAAAACGUACGAGAAAGGAAGCGAGGUUGCUGACAACACUAUCGAAGGAAACCAUAAAUGGAAGGUUUGGAUUAAAACCAACUUGGCGUUGCUUCUUCACUCAAAAUACCCAGGCGACGUUGACGUGGCUUUCGCAAUUGCCAAGGAUGUUCUUGAAAUGGGACGACAACUUGGAUUGAAGGACAAGGACUGGUCAGAAAAGGAAGCACUUGAAAAAGUUUAUCAAACAAACUAGACAUUUAGAGAAGUUCUGUUUUGAAGGACAAAAAUUUUAGUCUCAAUGCGUGAAAAGCGUGUAGAACUUUUUACAGAAGUAUAUAAUUUUGCCAACAUCAAUGGCUUAACUAAACGUUGACUGAAAAUUUUCUUUACCUUGGGUCUCACCUCACAUGAAACCACCAUCAACUCUUUUCCAUUUUGAAUAUUGGAUGUCGACAUGAUUUUAGCGGUAGAUUGUGUAAAUAGCGCGGGAACUGUUUCAGAUAUUCUUAGUUCAAGGUCAUUCUUGUUCUAGCUUAUAUUUAUUUGUACCUGGAUAUGCAUGUUCUCUCAACUGUGGGUGUAUUUUUGAGCCAAUCUCCCACAUUAAACGACCUCAACUCUCGGAGGUGAGCGUUAAAAACUUUGAUUAGUAUAGCUUUCCCUUCUGGGAUUUCAGUCAGCCUCAUUCCCACGGUCUCUGCCCUUCUUCUUCUCUCUCUUGCUCUCAGGCGAAGUCAAAAGAGAAGUCCUGGUAACGAUGUUUGUUUGGGGCAACAAAUUUCGAUAUAGUUUGUGACAAUGUAGGCUCAGUUUCAGUUUUUUACGGCAAAUUAUACCUUACUAUCAAACUAGAUGUGUAUGUUGUUUUAUAGCUUGUAGAUCAAAUAAAGGUUUUGUACUAAGA